AGGCUCUGGUGGAUACCCAAACUAAACCCCGCGUCUUGAGCUGUCCCGGCCGCCCGUCGUCGAUCCGCUUCUCGUCCUGCCCGACACACGGCAUUGCCUCGUUGUCCAAAGUUCAUGACGAGCUGCUUCAAAGCACUGCGAUUUUCCAACCUAAUUAUCUCUCAGACAGUCCAUUAGCCUCGAAAUCAUGGUUAUGAAUCUGGUCUACCCUGGGGACAGCCUAGUUACUGUUGAUCUUGUCCUCGUCCACGACCUUUCGGGUGACGUCACCGCCUCAUGGGAAUCGCCCACGUCGAACGUUGUCUGGCCCAAGCACCUGCUACCGCUCUCCCAGGAGGUCCGCCAGGAGAGCUUUCGGGUCCUGAGCUUUGAAUACAAUGGCAACACGGCCGUUGCGGGCAACGCGGCCCCGGCCGGAGGCAACACAGUUGAUGAGAACGCAUCCGACCUCCUCUCCGAACUUGGGUCGCAACGUCGAGGACAACCUGCUGAUCGUCCCAUCAUCUUUGUUGCUCAUGGCUAUGGCGGACUCAUUGUCAAGGCGACACUGAGCAGGUCCCGCGAACUAGCCACCAGCAACAUCAACCAAGCCGCCAUCGGCGUGGUGUUCCUCGCAACUCCAUACAAUGGUUCCCACAUUGGGAAUUGGCAAGAUGUCGAAACCCCCUCGACGGGGCUCGCUCCCAAGACCUACAGCGCUCAGAUCGCCGCCGACCUCAAUCUGGGGUCGUCUACAGUUUCUAGGCUGGCACGCGAGUUCACCAACAUCGCCAAUGACGGACUGCAGAUUGUGUCCUUUGCCGAAUCGCUUCCAAGCCGCUGCAUAUCCGGCGGCACUAAGUUUCUUGUCUCGGCCACCAACACCAGAAUCAACCAUUUUAACGAGACUACGCGCAGUUUCGCGGCCAAACACUACGACAUGACAUUCGCCGACAACAUGAACGACCCCAGGUUCCUGAGCCUGGCUGGGGAAAUCGGGCGAAUUCUCAAAACGUACAGAGACGCUCAUCAGCUCCUGUCAAGCACCAAAGGAAUCAACGACCCCGAGGCGCUCAGGGAGCGCGAGAACUGGAAGGUGCUCCGUUCCUAUCAGGGGUACAAGUGA